AUGAGCGCGACGGAAACCACCAAAGGCUCGACGAUGCCCGCCCGAAAGGUCUUUGAGCUCCUGGGCGCCACGGUCGCAGACGGCUGCGCUGCUCGUCUCGGCCGUCUGUCCAUGCCAGGCAGAAGACCGAUCGACACCCCCAACUACACUGCAGUCACCUCCCGCGGUGCCGUACCUCACCUCACCCCCGACAACGUGAGCAAGCAUACAGGCGUGGGCUCUGCGUACAUGGCUCUCGAGGACUUCGUUGAGCGGCAGGAGCCACCCAUCUACAACACGCCUUCGCGUGGAAAUCUUGGCCGGCUGCACGGCUUCGCGGCCCUAGCGCCGGAUACGACCGUGGUGCUCGGUGCGCGGAGAUGCCCGCCCGUCAUCACCCCCAUGGGUAACGGCGCCAAGUCCGUCACGCUCUUCACCUCGACUGGAUUCGCCCACGUCACCGUGUCUCAGUACGUCGCUGCUGUCAGGGACCUGCAGCCCGACGUGGUGGUGCCCCUUGCCGAUUCGCUGCACACCAGCAAGACGCCGUCGUCCAAGAAGCUCAUCAAGAUGGUGGAGCGCACCGAGGAGUGGGUGGACGACUUUCUGCGCCAGCUCGAAAGCCGGGAGGGCCCGGAUCAUGCGCCGGGCGCUGCUGUCUCCGUCUUUGCGCCCGUCCUGCCGGUCGAGCUCCCCAUCCAGUGGGACUACCUGCGCCAUCUGGCGGAAGACGUGGCGGAGCACCUGGCGGGCUUGGCCGUCUACGACGCCGGCAUUCUUCCGGAGCUGCAAGCCUACGAGCCGCUGCGGUUCUUGCCGAGGCUCUCCUUGGACCUUCCCAAAUCGCCGCACGACAUACUGCGCCAAGUGUCGCUGGGCGUGGAUCUCUGCGCUCUGCCGUUCGUAAACAGCGUCUCCGAUGCUGGAGUUGCGCUCACCUUUGUGUUCCCCGCGCCACCGCCGCACGCGCGGCCUGCCCAGCCCCUGGCCGUCGACAUGUGGUCGGAGGAACACAACGCCGCGUUGGCGCCGCUGCAGGAAGGAUGCCGAUGCUUCGCCUGCUCGAACCAUCACAGGGCCUAUGUGCGGCAUUGCCUCAAUGCCAAGGAGAUGGUCGGGUGGAACCUGCUGCAGAUGCACAAUCACUACGUCGUGGGGAAAUUCUUCGAGGGCAUCCGCUCCGAGUUGGCCAGGGGCCUCGACGUCUUUGAAGAGAGCAGGAAGGCAUUCCUGGCAGCGUAUGAGCCCGAGUUGCCGGAAGGGACGGGCGCGAGACCGAGGGCACGAGGAUACCACUUCAAGAGUGAGGCAGGGCAGGCAAAGAUCAACAAGUCAACCUGGGUGGCGGAUUUUGAGGGCGGUUUGCCAAACGGGCACGCGGAUCAGGCAGAAGGCGGCGGCACCUAA